AGCUUGAACAAACUGCGACUGUGUACUCUGGCGAUGCACCUACACUUGUACCACUAGCAAGGUUGCUGUCGAGCUAGCUAGCUUCGUAGUCAAGAUGUCUGACAUGGAAGAUGACUUCAUGUGCGAUGAUGAAGAGGAUUAUGAUCUGGUAAACUCCUCAGAAGAAUACUCAGAGGACAGCAACUCUGAGCCCAAUGUUGAUUUGGAGAAUCAGUACUACAAUUCAAAGGCCCUGAAGGAGGAUGACCCCAAAGCAGCUCUCAGCAGCUUCCAGAAAGUCUUGGAGCUAGAGGGUGAGAAAGGAGAAUGGGGGUUCAAAGCUCUCAAACAGAUGAUUAAGAUCAAUUUCAAACUGACAAAUUUCCCUGAAAUGAUGAACAGGUACAAGCAGCUGUUAACAUACAUCCGGAGUGCAGUAACACGAAACUACUCUGAGAAAUCCAUCAACUCCAUCCUUGAUUACAUCUCUACGUCUAAGCAGAUGGACUUGCUGCAAGAGUUUUAUGAAACCACAUUGGACGCAUUAAAGGAUGCCAAAAAUGACAGGCUUUGGUUUAAAACCAACACUAAGCUUGGGAAGUUGUACCUGGAGAGAGAAGAGUAUGGUAAGCUUCAGAAGAUCCUGAGGCAGCUGCACCAGUCCUGUCAGGUGAAGAAACUCUCCUCAUCAAUGCAAUCAGAGGUUUUCACAGAGGUCUUUACAGAGACGGAUGACGGUGAGGAUGACCUGAAGAAAGGCACCCAGCUCUUAGAGAUCUAUGCUCUGGAGAUCCAGAUGUACACGGCCCAGAAGAACAACAAGAAGCUGAAGACUCUAUACGAACAGUCUCUACACAUCAAGUCCGCCAUCCCUCACCCACUCAUCAUGGGAGUCAUCAGAGAGUGUGGAGGGAAAAUGCAUUUGCGAGAAGGGGAGUUUGAGAAGGCUCACACGGACUUCUUCGAGGCGUUUAAGAACUACGAUGAAUCAGGAAGUCCUCGACGGACCACCUGUCUGAAGUACCUGGUGCUGGCCAACAUGCUGAUGAAGUCUGGAAUCAACCCCUUUGACUCCCAGGAGGCCAAACCCUAUAAAAAUGAUCCAGACAUCCUUGCAAUGACAAACUUGGUCAGUUCCUACCAGAACAACGACAUCACAGAGUUUGAGAAGAUCCUGAAGACCAAUCACAGUAACAUAAUGGAUGAUCCGUUCAUAAGGGAACAUAUAGAAGAAUUAUUACGAAACAUAAGAACACAAGUUCUCAUCAAAUUAAUCAAGCCUUACACAAGAAUACACAUACCUUUUAUUUCAAAGGAAUUGAACAUUGAUGUGUGCGAUGUGGAAAGCCUUCUUGUUCAGUGCAUUCUAGACAGCACGAUCAACGGCCGCAUCGACCAAGUCAACCAACUGUUGGAGCUGGAUCACCAAAAGAGGAACGGAGCCCAAUACAUGGCUUUAGACAAAUGGACUAAUCAGCUGAACACUCUCAACCAGGCCAUCGUCAGCAAACUGGCCUAAUCAGAGUAGUGGAACUGAAACGUUAACAAUUUGAUGGUGUGUGCGCGGGGGGUAUUUCAACUGGAGGAGCGAAGUUAACCCAAUUCAUCUCGGUUUACAGUAGCAGUAGGUUACAUUCUCUAGAUGACAAUAAUGGAUGGAUGAUGUUCAAACUUCCAAUGGCAAACCUACAGUCACUUGUUAUGUGACUGAUAGAGGUCAGAGGUGCCAGUUUCCCGGGCAACAAAUCAAUCCUAGUUCUGGAUUUAGAAGCAUGCUCAAUGCUUUUUUGGUUUAGGACUUGGACUAGACUUAAUCCGUCCGGGAAACCGGCCCUUGUGUCCUAAAAUGAACAGAUAUCAUUUACAUUACAAAACAAAGAUGGCCAUUGUACAGAUAGAGGAUUGUAAAAUCCCACAUAUGUACAUUUCCUAUAGUGAAAGAACAUGUCUGUUCUCCCACUGUAUUACCCCCUUCCAUGGAAAUGUGAACACACCAAAUCAUUGAAGUGUUAUUAAUGUUGGGCAUGUUCCAUGUUAAAAUAACCAUGUCCUUUUCUGUAAGAUGUCAAGCACUCUCUAUACAGUCUUUCAUCAAUGUAGCUCCACGUUUCAGAUGGUACAUUGUUGUGACACUGUUGAAGAUACAUUUGAGCUUUUCUGUUUUAUUAAUGAAUAAUAAAUGAUCAUUGUUGCUUC